GUAUUUGAGCUGUCAAUGAGGACCAACAUAGGUAUGUACGGCAAGCUGCAGGUGAAGACCCCUGAUGGCUCGUUCCCACUGAACCAGAUUGCCUCCAUCAUACAGAAGACCCCGUCCCUGGUCGUUGUCAACCUGGCCAAGAACUCACAUUAUAUUGCUGAAGUUCUUUCCACAUUGAGAAACUCUGGGAUGAAUUUGAACCCUCAGCAAGAAGGCCAGUCUCUUGUCUACCUCACUAUUCCUAAGGUGUCCAGAGAGCACAGGGAGCAGCUAGCCAAGAAUGCCAAGGCCAUCUUCAACAAGACCAAGGACUCACUCAACAAAGUCUACUCAAAGUUCUCCAAGAAAACAUCCAGCAUAAACAGGGAGGAUGAGAAACAACUCGCUGACAAAAAGCUGUUGGCCAUGAAGAAUGCGGCCCAGGUGGCAGCUGAGAAGCAACUAAAAGCCAAGACAGAAGAACUCUUGAAGACCCUAGACUGACCUGAUCUCACUGUUUAAUAGACCCCAGGGGCUGGGCAGUUUUCCCCGCAUAUCUAGACAUGUGUGCAUUGUAUAUAUAUAUAUAUAUAUAUAUAAAUAUGAGUCUAUAUCUGGGAAAAUGGGGCUUAAUGAAUGUGCAUUAAGUGUAGUCCCAGAUUAGCCUGUGCAGUCCACACCGCUUAAUCAGGGAUAACACUUUCCACUUUUUAUCUUAGCAAGAAUUCAGUUCUACUCUAUGCACAUGCAUAAGGCCCAGCUUUUGCAGAAUGAGGAUACAUUAAUAUACUAUAACAACUUCUAAGUUUUGAACAAUUUGCCUGAUAUAAGAAUGAGUUGGUAUUACAUGUAUAGGGUCAGACGGGUCAGAUGGUUGAAGAAAAAUAGCUGGAUGUGUUGUCUAUUUGUGUAGAUUCAUUACCUUUGGCAUUUUCUUGAAAUGCAAUAGAAUUUUUGUAAUGCCAUACAUUGUUUUGUGAUGAAAGAGAUUGUACACUUGGUAUUUAAAUUUCAAUGCAAUUCAAAA